UCUACUUCCUGUUUAAAAGCCGACACGUUCGGUUGUUCAAUUCGUCAAAUCUUUAUAACAUUUGUUGUAUGACAGAAAAAGGAAAUACGCUAUGGAGAAAAAUUCGAUAUUGGAAAGACUGCGCCAAUUUGAUGCAUACCCAAAAACGCUUGAAGAUUUCCGCGUGAAAACCUUUGGCGGAGCUACGAUUACCAUUUUUAGUGGACUGCUGAUGUUUGUCCUGUUCCUGUCAGAGUUAAAUUAUUAUCUGACUACGGAUAUCCAACCAGAGUUAUUUGUUGACACCACCAGAGGCCAGAAACUCAACAUCAACAUCAACGCUACUUUUGCAAAAAUACCAUGUGCAUAUCUCAGUAUAGAUGCCAUGGAUGUUUCUGGCGAACAGCAACUUGAUGUUGACCACCAUUUGUUCAAACAGCGACUCGAUCAGGAUGGCAAUAUCAAAGAUGACAAGCCAGAGAAAGAAACACUAGGAGAUCAAUCUAAAGACAUAGUAGAGACGGUUACAAAGGCACUUGAUCCAAGUCGCUGUGAGUCUUGUUAUGGAGCAGAGACAGAUGGUAAAAAGUGUUGUAACAACUGUGAGGAUGUAAGGGAGGCGUACAGGAAGAAAGGCUGGGCAUUCAAUAACGCGGAGGGGAUCUCGCAGUGUGAACGUGAGGGAUGGUCAGACAAAAUGAAGUCGCAGAAGAACGAAGGAUGUCAGGUGUACGGCUAUCUGGAGGUCAAUAAAGUAGCUGGUAACUUCCAUUUUGCUCCAGGAAAAAGCUUCCAGCAACAUCAUGCUCAUGUUCAUGACCUGCAAGCAUUUGGUGGACAGAAAUUUAAUAUAACACAUGCCAUCCAACACCUUUCCUUUGGUAAAGAUUACCCAGGCAUCAUCAACCCGCUGGACAAUACUAACCAAGUCGCCGAGGAAGAUCAGAUGAUGUUCCAAUACUUUGUAAAAGUAGUCCCAACGACAUAUGUUAAAACCAAUGGCAAGACACUUUUCACCAACCAGUAUUCUGUGACAAAACAUUCCAAGGUGGUAGGAGCGGCCACAGGGGAAAGUGGCCUUCCUGGUGUGUUUGUCAUGUAUGAGUUAUCUCCCAUGAUGGUUAAAUAUACAGAAAAACAUCGAUCAUUCAUGCACUUUUUGACGGGAGUGUGUGCCAUUGUAGGAGGAGUGUUUACUGUUGCUGGCCUCAUUGAUUCCAUGGUUUAUCACUCGGCAAGAGCAAUACAGAAAAAAAUUGAUCUAGGAAAAGCCACAUGAGACUGUGUAAUGUGAUGUUUCGAGGAAAAAUGUGAUAUGAAAAUGAGAGUGGAUUGUAAAUAUGGUAAAAAUUGUUCAAAACUUAACUAAGUAUACAUUAAUUGAAAAUAUUGUUAAUCAUUAUUAUUUUUACCACAAUUGGAGACUUCUUAAUUACCUCCCUUUGUCACACAUAUGUCAUCUUUCCUUCCAUGAGAGGGACUGUCACUGUAGAUCUGAACCCCAAUAUUUUCCUUUUUCUGAAGACAUAUGACUCAGUCUGGUCCAUCUAUCUUAUCAUUCUGACCAGAUUCGUCCAUCUUAGGUGGCAAAAAAGGCCCAUAGAGGUCAAUGCCGAAUGUUUAUAGCAUGUAAUGCAAAUGAUACUACAAAUAACACCUUAUAACACCUCACAAAGAGGUGUGAAACCCGGUCAAGCCUGACCUAAUUAGCUGUAAUGACCCCUAAAGCGUUUGUCAUUGGUCAUUGGUUGAAUGAACAGGAUAAUUAAGCUCAUGACAGUCACUGGCUCUUUAGUUGUACUUCUGGAAUGCAACAGUUAAAGGUGUGAAUAAUCUUUAAAAAUGAUAUAAGAUGAUCAUUGAUUGAUAAACUAUGUUUCACUGUACCAUGGAACUGAAGAAAUGCUGCAAACAGUUUUCUACGGUUUCAUCCCCCUUAUGGGAUGGUCCAGAGAUUGACAUGUAUGUUAUCAAAUGCUCUUGUUUAAUCCUCUGUGAAUAUAAAUUGGUUUGAGAGUUUUUUUUCUCAUUAAAUGUAAUUUAUAUGCAAUUGAUGACAUACAUUAAGACAUUUGUAUGUGAAGUAUUUCAUUUGUUGUUGAUAGAAUGUUAUAAUAACAGUUUUCUGUCUGCCUAAAUUUUGGUGUGAGAGAUAAAUUCAGGUCCAUACAUCCAGCUGGUACUGUCUCGGUGUUUAAGUCAGUUAUAGGCUAUGUACUACGGUCAAACAACAUCAUAUGUUUCUGCUCCUUUUAUGAGUACAGCAUUUUGUAUGACUUUUUAUGACCCUGACCUUGGCCUCUGUUUCUUAGUGUAGGAGCAGGUCAUCAGUGUCUUGUUGAAACUUAAAUAGUUUACUCUCCGGUUAAUGUAAACUUUAGUAUAUUUAUAGAAAAAGAAAGAAAAAAACCCGUCAAUUUACGUAUAGAGAGAUUCAGGCCAAAAAGAAGGGAAUACAUCAAAAAAUUUUGGAAUAAUUUUGGUAAUUUGGAAUCGAACCGUUAUGACAAAAAUAUGGAAUUUAUUUAUCGAGGCGGGACAGUCAAAAUAUAUGGUUAUCUGACAAAACUGUUUUUAAUCCUAAUUCGUAUUCAUCCUAAUUUAGUUGACAUUUCCAUGUGAAAUUUGUUGAAUACCGUUUAUAUCAUACUCCAUUUCAAUUAAUAGUUAAUUACAUUAAAAUAAAAUAAAUGUUCAAUGAGAAAAAGGAGUCAUUAGAUAAUGUCAUGCAAAUCUUUAAUUAAAAUAAGUACACGGUUUCAUAAUUUCAAUAUUUGCUGUUUAUUUAUGAAGAAAAUAUUUAUAGGAAUGUCAUGUACAAUCAAACAUCGAUGUCUGCGGUUUUCAUAUAAAGAAAAUAUUGAUAUAAAUGUCAUGUACAAGGUAGAAUAUAUAUUUACUAUUGAAUUCAAACAUUGCUAUCAUUGAUAUAGAUGCUGUGUAAAAGGUAUCAUAUGUUUCAGUUUUGAAUUAAACAUUGAUUUAUGCUGUUUAUUUGAAAAGAAAACAAUAAUAUAAACCCCAUCACGACUUGUUGGAGUAGGAACCAAGUUAUAUCAGUUUAUGUCAUCAUUUCAUCUAGGAUUGUCAAUGAUACACAUCUUUUGUGUAUCGUUCAGUGCAGAACGUAAUUACUACUACGUAGAGAAUCGAAUUUAAAUGCUGCCAAUGUUAAAAAACGUUAACGUUGUGAAACGGACAUGUAGAUCAGAAAUCGAGUUUGAUGUGAAAUUAUGUAGACUUUCUUAGUGUGAGCUUUCAAAAUCGCAACAGAAAACAUAGAGAAAUUAAAGGUUCUAUGUAACAUGUGAAAUUUUCUUAAUUGGCAAAUAAAGUCUGAAAAUACACACAAAAAGAAUAUUGAUACUUCUUCAUUCCAACUGUGCAAUGGUGUCUCUGCUGUAUAGAAUGAGUUCUAGCAGGUACCAAUCAUGUAUAGAAUGAGUUCUAGCAGGUACCAAUCAUGUAUAGAAUGAGCUCUAGCAGGUACCAAUCAUAGCUAUGUUGAAUUCAAUCCUAUUGUUCUCUGGAUUCUAUGUGAUACUUUCACAAGAAUAUGUUCUCUUCAUUUUACUUAUACUGUAAUAGAAAAAAAUGAUGUAUGGGUGUUAUUACCAGGCACGUGUCCUUAUAUAUAAAUAAUUAAAUAUAAGACAUUUUUAUUUCAAACUAAAGACAUUUUUAUUUCAAACGAAUUGGAAUAUAUCUUGCAAAGAUCCAGCCAUCAUAUUGAGAUACAACUAAGCUUGAAAAAAAGUCAUUUGCAAAUAUAUUAUAAAUGAAGCCUUCUCUUUGUGUACAUUUUUAUACUAGGUAAUUAUAUAAAAGU